AUGGAUGAUGAAAUCACAGCCAUUGAACGCAAUAAUACUUGGGAGCUGGUUGACUUACCAAGUGGUCAGCAGAUAAUUAGGGUCAAAUGGAUCUAUAAGACAAAAUUGAAAGAAAAUGGAGAAAUUGACAAAUAUAAGGCACGCUUGGUGGCUAAAGGACACAAGCAAAAAAAGGCUGGUUUUAAGAAAUGUCCCCAUGAGCAUACUCUUUAUGUAAAAGCUGAAGAUGGAAAGAUUAUCAUCGAAUUUGACAUGUCUGAUCUUGGUUUAAUGCAUUAUUUUUUGGGCAUAGAAGUUAAACAAGUUGCAGCAGGGACUUUUAUUUCUCAAAAGAAAUAUGCCCAAGAGAUUUUAGACAUAUUUGGGAUGAAGAAUUGCAACGGUUCCAACACUCCUUCAGAGGUGGGAAUGAAACUCGAGAAAGAUCCGAGAGGAAAGAAGAUUGAUAGCACUUAUUACAAACAAAUUGUGGGGAGCUUGAUGGACCUAACAGCCACUAGGCCAGAUAUUAUGUACGCCGUCAGCCUUAUAAGUAGAUACAUGGAGCAACCGAAAGAAGUGCAUUUGUUGGCUGCCAAAAGAAUUCUCAGAUACUUGCAAGGCACCAUUGAUUUUAACGUUCUUUGCAAACAAUGA